CAUACAUACUACAUCCGCCCACGCAAAAGUUGAGCACGAAACAAAACCCCGCUGACCGUCAGUCUACUCUCAGUCCUGACAAAGGCAGCUUCUCUUACAAUAAAAAGAAGUUACAAGUAUUACUUAUAAAAUAAUAGUGUUGUGAUUCUUUUUACAUUUACCAGAACUUCCGCAAAUUGAAAUAUGUCUGAAACUAAGACUCUUGAAGCUGGCCAGCAGCUAGUCAAGAAGACAAUGGAUGAAUUGGUGCAACAGAGACAAACAACAGAAAAAGUAACAAUUCAGGCCCGUCAAGAAUUUCGAGAGAGCUUCCAAGAAAGUUAUGAAGAAGAGUUUGAAGAAGAAACUUUCAUAGAUCAGUAUGGUAAUGAAACUACUAAAAGGGUGGAAUCAAGCAGCGAAAGCAAAGAACACUCUAGAAGUGCUGACGUGAAGGUGAAAGCAACUGGUUUGAACGCAGAGCAAGUAAAAGCCCUGACUGACUGUGCCUCCCAAGCUGGGCAAUUGGCGCUCGACUCUAAGCCAGCCAACUAAGUUUUUUAAAUGUGUUUGAAUGUGCGUGAAGUGUUCUCAAAAAGUGAUAAAGACUGCGUCUUGUGUUCCUUCAUAUGUAAAUUACAUAUAAUUAAGCUUACAUUUAUUAUGAUUUAAUAAAGAAUUUAACUUAAAA